UCUAAAUAUCUUGGUAAUGAUCAGUUUAUAUUCCAGGUAUUCCUCAAAAAAAUGUUUUUCCAUAUCAUUCCAUUUAAAUUUUUAAGUUAUCUUUUAUAUUUAUACAUUUACAUUUAAUAUUUAUAUUACUACCCUAAGCUCUUAAUCACUGAUAAUAUCAUACAAGAGAUGAUAAAGUGCACAAAUUUGGAGGAAAAAAGUCAACAAUAUGGAUGAUGAUGUUCUUGUUUAGCUGUGCUGUGUAAUAUUCCUCUUUUUCAAUCAUCAAAAUGUUCAAAAUCUGUUAGAAAGUGAAAAAUAAACAUAUUUCAAACAUGAAAUCAUUCUUGUUUGGACAAAAAUGUAAUAUAAACAGUUAUACAAAUUACUAUUCUUAAUUAAAAUGACAAAAAUGGCAUAAAAACACACUGAUUCUUAUAGGGUAAUUUUUGACCCACUUAUGGAAGAGUGUAGUGUCAAAUAACUCUUGUAUCUAAGUGUUUUACAUUCAUGAUGAAAACCCCACGCAGCUGGGGGCGGCAGAGUGCGAACUGACACAGUUUUGUCCUUCCUGAGUCGCCGUACCCACUGUACCAAGCUGAACCGCGGUUCCUCAACUUGCAGUUUUUAAGGAGGAAACUGUGCAUGUUUGAAUUCCACAAUAUUUAUGCAUAAAUCGAGUCCUGCGGGUUUGUCAGGCCUGUGCCGAGUCACCGACCAUCUGUACCUGAGUAACCAGAGAGCGGCUAACGAUGCCUCCCAGCUCAGCGACCACAACAUCACCUGCAUCAUCAACGUUACCGAGACCAGGACCAGCAGCUCCGCUCCUCCAGGGCUGGACUACAUCCACAUCCCCGUCCCGGACUCCCCGCUGUCUCCUCUCAGAGAUCACUUCGACGAGGUGGCGGACAAAAUCCAGAGCAUCGCGGAGAGCAGCGGCCGGACCCUAGUUCACUGUAACGCCGGUGUGAGCCGCUCCUCCGCCCUGUGCAUGGCCUACCUGGUGAAGCACCGCGGCCUGACGCUGCUGGAGGCCCACCGGUGGGUGAAGACCUGCCGCCCGGUGGCCAGGCCCAAUAACGGCUUCUGGAGGCAGCUCGUCCAGUAUGAGGCGGAGCUCCGUGGGUGCAGCUCCAUCCAGAUGGUGUCCUCCUCCAUGGGGGAGAUACCAGACAUCUAUGAGGAGGAGGCCAAGAACAUGGUACCAAUGUGACGCUGCUCAGCGACAUGUUUGGUCUAUGUUCCCUCCAGGUUUCCAUAGUAAUCACCAGGUGUAGAAUUAUUAUUUUUUUCGGUCAAGUGCACUUAAAGAUCUCUUUCAGCUAUGUUUGAAAAUAUGUACAAAUAUUCUAUUGAUAAAUAAUUUGUGUCUCAGGUGUUGUUUUUUUCAGUUUAAAAAAGAGUAAAGUUUGAUUGCCUGACUACAAAAGUAUUUAAAUUGCAUCUGACUCUCACUUGUUUUAAAUCCCAGCUCAAGACUUUUCUGUUUGCCACAGCUCUCCUAUUAUAGCUUAUUUUAAAUUGUUUUAAGUGCAAAUUGUAAUAUUAUUUUUAAAUAUAUUUCUAAUUUUCA